UCCGUUUGUGUUUCAGUUGCUUAGUCGUAGUAGAAACUGCCAGAAACUUGACAGUGAGUAGAUGAGAAUCGCAAAUUAAUGCAGAAUUAAAAAGAUAGGGACGUUUCAUCACCAUUUUCUAACAUUUUGCAAUUACAUUUUGGUCAAACAGACAUCAUGGCAAGUCAGUUUUCCUCUUUAUUUGAAACUUUAGUUAGCUACUGAAAAAACGAUCCGCUUUAGCAUGCUGUCCUUAGUAUGGAGUGACUGACAACAGGGAAGUAGUGUCUCCCAACUGUUAAAGCAAAGAGAAGUUUUAUUUAUAGACACGUAUAUUUUGUAGCUAUAAAUGCCACAAACUAAUUAAAACAACUUGGUGUGUUUCGGUUUUAAUUGACAAGUGCGAAGGAAGAAACAGUGGACAGUUAGCAGUGCCGCCUGGUGUUCAGUUCAAGGUCCAGGUCAGAUAAACAAAAACGUUACGUCAGUUAACGGCACACCAGACUGGGAUCAAAAUGUCCGAGUCUGAUGGUGACACUCGCACUAAAACGUUAAAUUUUAACAUUGGAGUGCUCGGACAUGUCGACAGUGGGAAGACGUCGCUGGCCAGGGCGCUGAGCAGCACCGCAUCCACGGCCGCCUUCGACAAGAACCCGCAGUCCCGUGAGAGGGGCAUCACGCUGGACCUCGGCUUCUCCUCCUUCACGGUGGAUCUACCUGAGCACCUGCGGGGUGGGCAGCUGCAGUAUGACAACCUGCAGUUCACCCUGGUGGACUGUCCGGGACACGCCUCUCUGAUCCGAACUAUCAUUGGGGGUGCUCAAAUCAUUGACCUGAUGAUGCUGGUGGUGGAUGUGGUCAAGGGGGUGCAGACUCAGACUGCAGAGUGUCUGCUGAUAGGAGAGCUGACCUGCCCUCGCAUGGUGGUCGUCCUGAACAAGGUUGACCUCCUGCCACCCAACAAGAGACAGAGUGCCAUCGAGAAGAUGACCAAGAGACUGCACAAAACACUGGAGAGCACCAGAUUUAAGGAAUGUCCAGUGAUUGCUGUGGCAGCGAAGCCAGGGGGCCCGGAGGCUCCUAACACAGAGGAGCCACAGGGAGUGCCAGAGUUAAUAGAGCUUUUGAAGAAACAGACAUACCUCCCUCAGAGAGACCCAGGAGGUGACCUUCUGAUGGCUGUGGACCAUUGCUUCUCCAUCCGUGGUCAGGGAACAGUCAUGACCGGCACCAUCCUGCAGGGGUCGCUGGCCAUUAACGACACUGUGGAAAUCCCAGCUCUAAAGGUGACCAAGAAGAUAAAAUCCGUGCAGAUGUUUCGGAAGCCAGUGUCAGGGGCCAUGCAGGGGGAUCGUGUGGGCGUGUGUGUGACACAGUUUGACCCUAAACUGUUAGAGCGGGGUGUGGUGUGCACCCCAGGGUCCCUGCGCACGCUCUAUGCAGCUGUCAUCUCCGUCAGGAAGAUAGGCUACUUCAAGGGCUCUCUUGCAACCCGUGCCAAGUUCCACAUCACUGUGGGUCAUGAGACUGUCAUGGCGAGGGUGACCUUUUUUGGCUUGCCACCUGCUGGUGCCUCCGAGCCUCCCUCUGACACUAGACCAUCUCCAUCACUGCCCUGCUCCCUGGAAACACCCUUCACCUUCGACAGGGAGUACUUCUACCAAGAUGAGUAUGUCACAGGUCAGGGAGAGACAAGUUCAGGACCUGAACCGGAGCAAUGGGCCCUGUUGGAGUUUGAGCGGCCUGUCACGUGUCCCUCACUCUGCCUUGUGAUUGGCUCCAAGCUGGACACAGACAUCCACGCCAAUGCAUGCCGGUUAGCUUUCCAAGGCCGUCUGUUACAGGGGUUUGAAGAUAAAAGCUUUGCUGAGACUGCCCUGCCUCGCCUGCGCAUCUACAAGACCAAACACAAAGAGGGACAGGUGGAGAGGGUUAGUGAUGAUUACACUGUGAUUGGCCGCAACCUGUUCAAGAAGGAGACCAACCUCCAGCUCUUUGUGGGGUUGAAGGUCACGCUGUCGACAGGCGAUAGUGGCAUUAUCGAGGGUGGCUUUGGACAGAGCGGGAAGUUCAAGAUUCGGAUACAAGAGGGUCUUUGCCCAGAAACCAAGCAGUUAUUAUCCUCCACCUCAAAGAAGAAAGGGAAGGGUGGAGGUAAAGGUGGACCAGCAAACGAAGAGGAGCCCAAAGCAGACUCUCAGCCCGUUAGCAUUGACUUGCAUUUUAAACGGUACGUCUUUGAUCCCCAUAAAAAGAUGGUUCAGUCUUGACCUCUGUUGCACACACUUUCAGCUUGACACUAUGUCAAAGGUCAUGCUGAAGACAGGGAGAGACGGCUUCAGAGGUCAUGUAGAGGUGAGGGGAAUACCAGCCUCUCAGGGAUGUGAUAACUUUGUUCUAUCAGCCUCUUUCUCUGGGGUUGGAGACAGCCUGUUGAAAUGCAAUGAUUGUGGAAUGCUGAACGCAUGUGAAACAGUGAUUGUUUUUAUCUCCCUUUAUGGAGAUGGACUUAAUCCAGUUUGCUUCACCACAAGGGUGGAAGCUGCUUUUCUGUUCCUGAUGCAUUUGAUUUGUCUUUAAAAAUCAGUACUUUUUUUCUUCUGUGUUGAUAAUGUCUGAAUCAAUUCAUUUGAUUAGCACUAAACUCUUUUUCUGGAAGCUUUCAAUUCAUCUGAGCCUAAUUUGCCAUAAACACAUUGACUAGCAUUAUACAAAUAGUGAACUCACAGACUUCCAUAGCUUUAUUCAAAUCUCUGUACUCACUGUCCGUGUCCUGCUCUUCAGCUGGGAUAAAGGUAAUGUUUUAUUUCAUCAUAUAUCAUUAUUUUUUCUUUUGAUUUCAUUUUCUUUUAUGGCAUUUUGUAGAGCUGCAAUUUAGCCCUGAAUAGCCAUUAUAUCAGAGGUUGCCUGAAAUACUAAUCCUUGACAAAUAAAGACAAAGCUAUGCUGAGACUCCA